AUGGUUAGAGGAGGUAGAGUUAAAGAUUUGCCAGGCGUAAAAUACCAUUGUAUUCGAGGAGUUAAAGAUCUUCAAGGAAUACCGGGUCGACGUCGAGGCAGAUCUGUUGACAAAAAUCGAUGA